AUGGAGCCAACAGCUAAAGGACAGACUGAGAAAAGUUUCAGCUACGUUGUCAGAGCCCCCAGCAGCGAUGGGUUUGACAUAAUGAACGUUGACGUGAAGAUCGACACGUCCUGGAUCUUCCAGGAUGUAGAGGAGAGUAAUGAGGAGCCAGGAUGUCUUCCAGAAGAAGCAGCCAGAAGCCCAGACACGGACACAGGAACACUCAGGAAGCAACUGGAAUCCUCAGAGCAGAAGCUGUUGACAGCUGUGGACAAGUACGUGAUGUCGGAGUCUGGGCUGAGGAGCAGAAUCCAGGAGCUGGAGCUGUCUGAGAGGAGACUCCUCCAGAAGGUGGACCAGCUCAGCACUCGCGUGUUCCAGGAGAGAAGCGCCUCUCUCCAGGCCCAGGAGCAGCUGGAGGUGCUGCAGGGGGAGCUUGCCCACCAGGUUCGGGAGAAGGAGCGCGCGGCACGGCGGCAGCGGUGGAGGCUGCGGCGGCUGCGGGAGCGGCUGCGGCGCAAGGACGAGGCGCUGGGGCGGCAGGCGGCGGCCCUGGAGCGCGGCCGGCGGAUCCAGCGGCGCCAGCUGCGCCUGGUGCGCGAGCAGGAGCGCGUCCUGCGGGCGCAGGUACAGCGGCUGGAGCUGGACGUGCGGCGCCUGUGUCGCGCUGCGGGCCUCCUGCUGGCCGAGCUGGAUGUCCCGACCCCGGGCGGCCCCCGACUCCCGGGCCCGGCCAGUCCCAGGGGCGCCCCGGAGGAGGCCGCGGAGGUGCGCGCGCUGCGGGCCAGGGCCGAGCGCGGCGAGCGCGAGCGGGACCAGGCUGCGCGCCGGCUGCGGGAGCAGCGCGCCACCGAGCGGAGGCUCCGCGGGCAGCUGGAGGAGCUGCGCUGCUGCAUCUAUGGGCUGAAGCUGUCGGAGAUCGGCCUGCAGGGCCAAGUGGAGGAGCUCGCCCAGCAAAACAGGAGCCUACGAGAGGAGCUGGGAGCCCAGGCGCCCGGGGAGAGAGCGCUCAGCACGGCCCCUGCUGGUCACUGUAACCUGUUCCACUUCCUGACCACGGCAUUCAAGACCCCUACUGCUCCAGCUGCCUACUCCAGGCUCACUGCCCACCCCUUCCUCCUGCCCUGCCCGGCCACCCUGAGCUCCCGCAGCCCCCUAAAAGUGCCAGACUCCUCCAGUCUGCUCACUUUCCCUGUGUCUACAGGUUUCUACCGCCUGCUCCCCACGGCCCCUCUCUGCGCCUUCGUCAUCACCAACAGGGUCCGAUUCAGCCCUAAAUCCCAGCCCCUGGCCACAGGCUGUGGAACGCUUGCGGCCUCAGGAAUGCUGGAUGCUCAGGCCAGCUUCUCGGCCUCGGCGGUGUGCAUAGAGCGACCCCUGGUGGACACCCUGGGCCGUGUUCAGGAUGAAUCUCUGCCCCUGCCCAGCGGGGAGUCUCCGGAUGCCUGCGGAAGCCAAGGCCCCGACGGGGCCCCUGGACCAAGGGGCUCAGCAGGCCAACCCUCUGAGGGGCCCCGCGCCUGGGGCUGCGUGGGGGCUGGGCAAGGCCCCCCUGUGUCGAUCCCAGGCCCGGAGACGGCGGACAAACUCCCAGGAGGCCUCGCGGGAUCUGACCGUGGACAGUUUACUCUGGCUGAGCCCGGCUUGGGUGAACAGACUCUUCUUCUCAUCUGCGGCUGCCCUCCAGGGCAGUACAUGGACAGCUCACUCCUCCCAGUGGAGCUGGCCUGGAUUUCAGAGCAGAAGCUAGCAGCCACCCCGGCCCAGGUGUCCUUCCUCCCAGUCCAGACAUCCACACGCCCUCCCUGGGGGCGGGCGGGGGCCCCAGCUCCUCUGCUGCUGCUCCUGGAAACUUCCCCAGGAGAACUGCAAACCCAACAGGUGCUGGAGGCCAGGCCCCCGCCUGCUCCCUCAGCCCCAGGACACCCCAGCUGGGAUCAUCACCCGGCAAGGAGCCGAGAUGCCUCCCUCUGCCGGGAGUCCCCAUGCGUUUCAAAUCACCAGUUUCCCAGGAGAGGGCCCAAGGAUCGAACAGACUCUUGGAAGGAGGGAGGAGGAGCCCCAGGGUGGAGACCGGAGAUGCGGGAGGUGAGGAGGACUUGGGGCAGGAAGAAAGAAGACCUUGGUGACAGGUGUCAGCCAAGUCUGGAAAGCCAUGAGAACCUGAGCCUGGAGGCAGAUGUCAGGGCCCCAGAGGGCAUGCGGGAUGAGAACGGGGCUUCUGAAUCCCUAGCUGCAGCCUCCUGCACUGGGCCCAGGCGGGAGCUUCCACUGCCUCUUCUGCAGGGGGAGGCCUCAGUAUCAACGGAGGGUCCUGAAUCCCUGAGCAGGAGGGGGCCAGGGGAAAGGCGUGUCUGGGACCUCCAAGGAGGAGGAGGAACUGGAGGAAGGCUUUCAUCAUCAGAGGAGGGAGAGGCCCCCUCAGCCGCCUUCUCCGGGGCUCACGGCACCAGUGGGCCACCUCCAACAGGUGCUCAGUCCCUCGCAGAGCAUCAGGAGGCCAGAGCCAUCAGGAGAGUUCCAGGCAAGAAGGAAGACCACGUGCGGUCUGGAAACCCUCUGCUGCUCCCAGAGGAAAGCCCAGGGGGCGAAGGACAGGAAGGGGAGGAGGAGGAGAUGUCGCGUCUCCAAGAGACCAGCCUGGGCCACAGGGAUGCCCCGGAGGAGCCUGGUUCUGAAGACGGUGAGGCCAGUGAAAUGCUUUUCCUACUGCAGGAGGGAGGUUUGCCACCGUCUCCUGGAUUGGCCUUAUGGCCCGAGGGGGCCAGACCCACCAGUCACCCUGGGGCUCCAAGCAAAGGCCAUGAUGGGUCUGCAUUAAAAUUAGAGGAAUUUGAAAAGGAGAUGGAGACUUGUUUCCAGCAACUCUCCAUCCUGAAGCUUGGGCGUGGGGGGCGUGAACAGAAAGCUUCCUCAUUGGCAGGAGAGAACUGGAGUUUCGCUCGGAGAUGGCACAGCUACCAGCAGGAUGUGCAUCCUUUGGCAAACCAGGAUUUGGAUAUUUGUUUUGCCAAGGAAGCAAACCCCAAGGAGCCUGGUGAAGAUGUGAAACUGGGAGAGACCGAGGCCCUGGGAACUGGCAAAGUUCUUCCAAGGCUGGGGCUGGAUUUGGUCAACCUGAGCCCAGGCCCUCCCGAGGGCCCCUUUGAGCAGGGUCAGAACCAGCUCUCUCAGCAGACGAGAGCUCUCGAGAGAGCGAGGAGGCGGUUUCAUCAACUCAUUUCUGGACUGAAGAAAGAGAGGAGCAAAGUUUUACAUGACAACGCCAAGCUUCAGGGACAUCAGGAGCGAUGCCACAGAAAACUGCGUGCCCUGGAAAAAGAGAGGGAGAGAAAAGUGAAAAAAAUAUCCGCGCUCGAACAGAAUAACGGCGUGCUGUUAGGAGACAUCUAUCACUUAAAGAGGGAGCUGGACCAGUACGUGCAGGUCAUUUCUGACCUUGAAGACUGUAACAGGAAAAGUUACUGCAAAAUUUCUGAGCUCGAAGAGGAAAACGAGAGAUUGAAAGGGCAUGUGGGGCAGCUCCGGAAAGCCAUGUCUGCGAGCAUCCGAAAAUCCAGAGGGGUGGUGGAUCGCAUCACCCUGGACACCUGGGAGCUCAGUGCACUGAUUUCGGAGCUUGGGGUCAGUUACAAAGAGCUGAUAAAGGAUGUAGUGCUGGGAACAGAAGACAUGAUCCGGGUCGUCAGGGGGGAGAACGAACACCUUCUACAAAGGAUCCGAGUCCUGGAGGGGCAAGUCGUGUUGGGGAGCAGCACAGGUGGGGGGGCCUUGCUGAGAGCAGAGGAGCGUCUCCAGGGAAAAAACACGAUGACAGUGGACCAGGUGAACACUGUAGAAAGGGGGGUGCAGGUGACUCAGCUUUCAGGGCAAUUGACUGCUAGAGGCCCCGGGCCAUCCUCCGAGCAGGACAUGGGUCUGGCCGGUGGAUGGACGGGACCUUGUUUAGGUCUGGAGAGUUCUAGAUGCGGUGCUGAUUCUCCAGCUGCAUCACUGGUCUGGGGAAAUGCUGCAGGAUCCAGUGCCCCGCGAGGAAACACUGAUGGGGCAGGAGUGAAAGAAGUGCAUUCGGAGAAAGAGGACAAAAGACCACGGUGUUCUGCAGACCAACGGCGAGCUCUGAGGUCCCCGUGCAGUGGCCCCCGGCUCCAGGACCCUGAAGCUGAGGCUUCCGAGGAGGCCCUCCGGCUGCGCAUCAGACAACUCCAUCACCAAGUGCUCACCCUGCAGUGCCAGCUCCGAGACCAGGGGGCUGCUCACCGGGAGCUGCAGGCUUCUUGGGACGAGGCGGCCCACCUCCAGGGCGAGCUCAAGGACAAGCUUGACAAACUUCAGAAAAAGCACCGUGAAGCAAAUUUGGCUGUGACUCCUUUGAAGGCCAAGCUGGCUUCCCUGGUCCAGAAGUGCCAGCAGAGGAACCACCUGAUCACACACCUGCUUCAGGAGCUGCACAGACAUGGGGAGGAGAACCACCUGCUCUCUGAGACGGCGCGCAGCAUGGUGAACGACGUGGCGCUGGCUGAGUACACAGCCACCUUCCUGGCUCCGGGGGUCCCAGAGACAAGCCAUCACCUGGACGUCGAGUCUGAGAAGACAGCAGUUGUAAGAGCUGAGAAAUACCUCCUGAAUCCCAAAAUGGACAGCGUCCUCCAAAGACCUUUGCAUUCAGAGUCCUGGACUAUUCCCGAGGCUGAGGGGCCAGCACAGACACCUCAACUGGAUUCUUUGAAGCUUCCCUGGCCAUCGGGGCCGAAACCUGAUCCUGGAAUGUGCCAGGCUUCCAGGGCUGUGGAACCAGGGCUCCCUGUAUGUCUGCAAGAAAAAGGCGGAAUGUCCUGUCCUGGCCUCCAAGCUGACAACCUCCUGCCAUCCCCCGAGCUCCUGAGCCCCGCAAGGAUCCUGGCUUUGCACCAAGAGCUUCGACAAAGCAUCUGCAGCACUUCCCAGGUCAAUAAAUCACCGCUGGAGUUAUAA